AAAAAUAGUGAAUUUAGUACUUAUGUUUCUAUUGUAUAGGCAAGUUAUGUAAUUUAUUAAUGUUUUUAGCAAAAAAAAGCUUUAAACAAUUUCGUUUAAACAAUGGAUUGUAUGACUAUAAUAAGUGAAGAACCUGGAGGCAAUGCUUCACAGUUUCAUAAAGCUGUGAAUAUUUGGUCCCAUAAUCCUCAAGCCAUCAACCGUAACAUUCUUGCAUCCAGCGAAAUAUUGAACAUAGAAAUUAAUUGCGAUAUCUUCGAAAUUUUUAACCGUAUCAAUACCUUGGAUGUUUCACUUUUAUCAAGGGAAGAUCAGAGUGAUAGUAUUAACGGUGCAAAGUUGUUAUACAUAUUGCAUAUCUCGCAAACAUCUGAUGUAGACUCCAACAAGAAUGUUUGGUUGUAUGUAACCAAACAAUUACCCCGCAUGCCACAUAUAUUUUCUGCUGGUAUCGAAUUUCUGUUGCUAGAAAAGCAAGAAAAUUAUACCAUAAAUAUUCAUAAACCUCUUUCUGAGAAACGGCCCCUUGGUCCCAGAAUACCAUACACGAUACAGCAAAAACUGGAUAAGUCACUCAUUGGUGUAUAUAAAUUAAACACUAUACAAGAACAAUCAAGUAUAGAGUGGUUACAAAAGAAGCUCUUUCCAUGUAUUUUAAAAUGGAUGAAAAAUGAGUCGAAAAACGUAUCAACCCUCUCUUCAUUAAGUUUCAUAUCAGCUGAAAAAUAUGCCAAGUUGUAUUGUCAGUUGAAAGAGAAGUACGGCAUGAAUUUGAUAAAGAAUUGGCCUGAAAAUACGGAUCCAUUAAAAUUCGUUUAUGAAGAUAUCGCUAUAGCUGCCUACCUGCUCUUGGUUUGGGAGAAGGAGCGUACAGAAAAAGGAACAAAUGACUUACAAUCGUUUCUUGAUCUGGGAUGCGGUAAUGGUUUACUCGUGCACAUUUUGUUCAGCGAGGGUCACCGCGGACUGGGAAUCGAUUUGCGACGAAGAAAAAUUUGGGACUUUUACCCUCCUGAGACACCGUUACAGGUGUCUACGGUGAUUCCUUCAUCCGCAACAGUAUACACAGGAUACGACUGGAUCAUUGGAAACCAUUCGGAUGAGUUGACACCAUGGAUCCCAGUAAUAGCAGCUCGUAGUGAUUGCCGUUUCUUCUUGUUACCCUGUUGUCCAUACGAGCUAAACGGUACUAAGUAUCAGAGAUGCUGCGCCUCCAAAAGUCAGUACUCCGAGUACAUCGAAUACGUAAAAAAUCUGAGCAACGAGUGUGGCUUCAAAACGUAUCUUGACAAGCUAAGAAUCCCAUCUACGAAGCGUAUCUGUUUGAUCGGCUGGGAAAGAAUACACGAAGAGAGAAGUAUGACUGAAGAUCGCAUACAACGAUUGUUGAGCGAGAAGACGACGCUGAUACGGGAGGAGAAAGAGAAAACGAUCAGUGAAUGGACGUGUGACUUCAAACCGAGGGACACGGUGGAAAGAGUGAGAAACUGUACGCAGUUGGACAAAAUGUUGAUCAAGAAUAUUGUAGACACGGUUGCGAAUCAGUUACUUAACGAAGGGCGUGUCAUUUCUCUCGAGAAGCAGUCAAGAACUUGGAACGCGGGUCGAUGUCUAGAAUUAGGCGAAAUAGCGGAAUCGAUACCGAGGGAAACGAUGUUGCGUCUGCGAAAAGAAUGCGGAGGUCUUCAAACCUUGCUCAGAAACCACAGCCAUAUUUUCUGCGUCGCCAAAGGAAAAGUGCAGUUCAAAGUACCUGGGACGAAACAGCAGGUCAGACGACCGAGAAAGAAUUUUGUGGCGCCACGCACUAAAACCAAGCCCUGCUGGUUCCACGAGAAUCAUCCAAAUGGUUGUCCGGCGAUUGACACAGAAUGUAACUAUAAACACUGAUGGUGUUAGAAAUUUAUUUUCACUUUCGUACGAUGGAAAUGUUCAUACAUAGAUUAUUUUGAUAAUGCCAAUGGAAGUCCAAGACACAUAUAUGUAUACGUAUGCAAUAUGUCCAAUUUAUGUUGAUGCAAAAUACAAAAGAUGUAAAUUUCGGUAGGGAAGAAUCUCCUCGGUGAAUAUUAAAUACGUAUCAUUUAUUGUCUCUAUCGUAGCUGACCGCAAUAAAUUGAAGUAACGAAAUCGA